AUGAAUUCACUUGAUCUUUGGAACCCCCCAGAAGUACAGUUUUGCUUUGCUUAUGUUAACAAUUCAUGCCCUAAAAAUGUGAGGUCUGUGUUCAGUGUGUCUGCCAUGUACAUGGUCUUGAUUGGGGCUAUAGUAAUGACCAUGCUGGGCAACAUGGUCGUCAUCAUUUCCAUUGCCCACUUCAAGCAACUCCACUCUCCAACCAACUUCCUGAUCCUUUCCAUGGCCACCACUGACUUUUUGCUGAGCUGUGUGGUCAUGCCCUUCAGUAUGAUCAGGUCCAUUGAGUCCUGCUGGUACUUUGGAGACCUCUUUUGCAAAGUCCAUAGCUGCUGUGACAUCAUGCUCUGCACCACUUCCAUUUUUCAUCUCUGCUUCAUCUCAGUUGACCGCUACUAUGCUGUUUGUGACCCUUUGCAUUAUGUCACUAAAAUUACCAUACCUGUCAUAGAGGUGUUUCUACUAAUCAGUUGGUCAAUCCCUAUCUUUUUUGCCUUUGGCCUGGUAUUCUCAGAAUUAAACAUAAUUGGUGUGGAAGAUUUUGUUGCAGCCAUCGACUGCACAGGUUUGUGUGUGUUGAUAUUUAAUAAGCUCUGGGGUGUGCUGGCCUCCUUUAUAGCAUUCUUCCUCCCUGGCACAGUAAUGGUGGGCAUUUAUAUACACAUCUUCACAGUAGCCAGGAAACAUGCUAAACAAAUUAGCACGGGUCCUAAAAUGAAACAGGUUGAGUCAGAAAGCAAAAUAAAGGCUUCAUCCAAAAAAGAAAGCAAAGCCACCAAGACUUUAAGCACAGUCAUGGGAGUGUUUGUGUUGUGCUGGUUACCUUUCUUUGUCUUAACAAUCACAGACCCUUUCAUUAAUUUCACAACCCCUGAAGAUUUGUACAAUGUUUUCCUCUGGCUGGGUUAUUUCAAUUCCACCUUCAAUCCCAUUAUAUAUGGCAUGUUUUAUCCCUGGUUUCGCAAGGCAUUGAGAAUGAUUGUCACAGGGACAAUCCUCCGCCCUGACUCUUCCACCCUAAGCCUGUUUCCUAUGCAUGGCUAG